AUGGAUAUUGAGGAAGGUGUCGAAAAGGCAACAUUAGAGUUUGUGUUGAGGAGAAAAGUGACGGCAGUGGGGUUCGAUCCGGGGACCUCUCGUAUGGCGGUCGCAGUUUAUGCUAUUUUGUCUAUGAUUAAGGAUCAAUGUGAAGGGAAGAUGGAGGGAGACGAUGUCGAGGAAGGCGGUACUAAGGAGGAGACGAUAAUCCCUUCCGCCAACGUCACCAUACUGUCCACUCCCUCCAUAGAAGCUAUUCGAAUUCCGUCCGAGUCGAGCGUCUUGACUUCUUCGUCAGCCACUCCUGGGGAGCCCCCUGGUGGGAAAAAUAACUGUUGCAUCCCACAGGAUGAUCCCGUCCUGAAGGAGAUCGGCAUUCGGUCGCUGGGGAGCUACUUGCGUCGGACCUCCUCCCUCAUCGUGAUGUGGUCGAAGUGCUACUUUGAUCGUCUGUGGUGCGCGAAGGCGUGGGGAAGGCGAGCGAAACCGUUACGACCUGAUUGGAAUGAUAUUCGUCUCGACGUUAUGCGGGAAGUGAUCGGGGCUAAGUUUAAGGGUGGAUCGGAGGAGCUGAGGGAGAUGCUGAUCGCGACGGGCGAGAGAGAGCUGGUUGAGGGCAAUGUUUGGAAUGAUACUUUUUGGGGGGUGUCCCUGAGGACGGGGAAAGGGCAGAAUCAGCUCGGGAAGAUUCUGAUGGAGGAUGUCGGCGGCGAAAUGCUCUCUAAGGGAGGGAUCGAUCUAUACUCUCUUCCCGGUGUCUAUCUCAACGGCUGUGUCGUCUACGAUGAUAAGGGCAAUGUUGCAUCGAACGUCGUGCUUGACUACCAAAUAGUAUGUGAUCUGGUGAAUGGGCUGCGUCACCAAAGAGAGGUGAUACCUCUCAUCUGCAGUGGCGAUCGAGUCCUGGCGCCUUUCACUAACGAUUUCGUCAAGUGCAUGGAACGGAUGUUCGAUGAUCCUACCCCUGAAGACUGUGGUGGCUACGACGGUCUCCUCAGGAAGGUUCGUGAGGAUUCUAUUCCGGUUCACAUGAUCCAUGUUAUUACUCCCGAUCCUGAGUACCUGAAGUCGGAAGUUGUCGGACGAUUGAAGGGAUUCGCCGCGUCCCAUGGAUGCGCCGCAGCUCAGUCUUUGUCAUUCCUCUGCGAUAUUAUACCGGCAGCAGCAAAUAAAGGAUACGGCAUUCGUGUUUUGAAGGAGCGCCUUGGAUAUAAUUCUAUUGCUUGCAUUGGCGAUGCAAUGAACGACAAGGAGAUGUUACAGAAUGCUGACGUACCUGUUGUUAUGGGGAACGCGAUGAAUGAAAUUAAGACUCUAGGUAGACUGAAAGUGAACGCCAACGAUCACGCAGCUCUCCCGGGCGUGGCUGACUUGAUUAGUCGAAUAAUAGCCGCCAAGCAAUGAUACUGUUGCGCAUGCGUGCAAACUCUUUGUCCUCUUGUACAGUAGCACUAAGUGGCUUCCUUUCUAUCCUUCGGCACUUCACCCAGAUCGCGGCAUCAGCGAUUCAGUGUUUCUCGA